AUGGCGAAUUACGACGACGGCUAUGCAGCCGAAAAGGUUGACUCCCAACAUGAUGCCAAACACCUCGAAGUCAGUGCCGACUCUCAGCUAGCACUUGCUGCCGACUUUGAAGACCAUGAGAUGGGCAUCUGGAAGUCGUUUGUCCGUUACCCAUGGGCAUGUGCUUGGUGUGUUUACGCCUGCUGGACUAUCAUCCUACUCAGCUUCGACGUUCAGGCUGCAGGUGCGGUCGUGGGGAUUCCCGAAUUCCGCAAGGACUUUGGUUACGAAUUUAACGGAGACUAUGUCCUUCCAGCUAUCUGGCAGUCUGCCUUUAGCGGUGCACCUAUUGCCACGGCCGUGAUUUCUUCGAUCGCCUCCGCCGAGCUCGCUGAUUACAUUGGCCGAAAGAAAGUCCUGGCCCUGGCUCUCAUCAUCUCCUUUGUUGCUGUUGCUAUUGAGUUCAUCGCAACGACAAAUCCAGUCUUCUUUGCCGGAAAGCUCCUGAAUGGUUUCAUGGUUGAAAUUACACCGCUAGCUCUCCGCGGUAUAUUUACUUGCGGAGUCGGUGUUGCCUACGGAAUUGGGCCCCUCGUUGCUUUCAUUGUUAUCAACUACACUGGCACCGUCGAGUCUCGCUGGGCCUACCGUACCGUUUUCUGCUGCCAAUUCGGUUUUGCUGGAGUUUCAGCAGUUCUUUGGCCAUUCAUGCCUGAGUCUCCGUGGUGGCUAGUAUCCAAGGGGAAGAAGGGCGAAGCCCUUAAGAGUCUUGGAAGACUUGGACACUCUGGUAAUGAGGGCAGGGCGAAACUCGCUCUUAUUGAGCGUACAUUGGAUGAAGUGAAAGCCGAAACAGACGGUGUCACUUACCUGGAGUGCUUCAAGAAGUCAAACUUGAGGAGAACCAUCAUCAGCAUCAUGCCUCUGUGCAUUCAGAGUUUCAGCGGAAUCGCUUUUGUUGCCAGCUAUUUCACUUGUCAGUAUCCCGCCUUCUUAUCAAGUGACUCUAUAUUCGAGGCAUCACUUCUCAUCAAAGCAACGGUACUAACAAUUCGCUCUUUAGACUAUCUUCAGCUUGCCGGUUACUCUACUUCAAUGAGCUACCAGCUUCAGAUCGCUCAACCCGUUCUGUCGAUUGUUGGCAACUUGAUGGCCGCCGCUGUGAUUGACAAAGUCGGCCGAAGAAACCUUACGUUCUACGGUUUGGCCAUUCUCACGGUCUUCCUCUUGAUUACAGGCGGAUUGGGAACGGGCACCAGCCAGCCUAUGAUCAAAGGAACCGUCGCGUUCAUUCUCAUCUACAGCUGGUGGUACAACGUCUCCAUCGGAUCAACCGCCUUUUCUCUGCUUGCCGAAGUGUCGACUUCUCGUCUGAGAGCCAAGACCGUCGCCAUCGGAUAUGCAUCGCAAAACUCCAUCAACGUUAUGUGGCAGUUCGUCAUCCCGUACAUGUUCAAUCCGGACAAGGCCAACCUCGGCGCCAAGAUUGCAUUCAUCUUCGGUGGCUUGUGUCUCUUUUCCCUCGCAUAUCUGUGGCUCUUCCAGCCUGAGACUGGCGGUCGCUCCUACGAAGAGCUUGACGAAAUGUUUGCAAAGGGCGUUCCAGCGAGGAAGUUCAAGUCAUAUAAGACGACUGUACAGUUGCGAAAUGAGACAUCUGCACAAGAUGGAAGUCAUUGA